UCGCACGAACUACUGACUCUCAAACAUUGCUUGAGUAGUUCCCCAAGUUCCUUCAACGAAGAACACACUCAUCAGAAUUUGAAGACAUGGCAUCUCCAAGACAUUAUUAGUGCACCAAGCGAGAGAAGAAAAAGAAAAGCAAGGAGAAAGGAGAGGGCAAUACUGGGCUUCAAGGUUCACUAAGUUCAUAAAAGGCAUGCAGUUCUUCUGGUCUUUGAUGUGAAAGACCAAAAUAAUAGUGGUCACGCAACUCAUCUAAUCAUUGGACCCCGCAUUCUUAUAUUCUGUUUGCCCUACGCCAUACAACAGUCAUGGAGAAAAACGAGGAACCACUAAAGAACGCUAUUAAAAGUGUCGUGGAUCAAGUGAAACAAACCAAAGACACAGUACAGAACUCACUUGCAAAACAUCCUCUUUUAGUACUAAAGCUAUUCUACUUCUUCGCAUUAUCUUCAUUCAGUCUCAAAGUGGUUUAUAUGCCUCUCUAUUUCAAGCAAGUCGGCCUUCCUGCAUUAUACGCUGGAAUACUUGCCGGUUUACCACCAUUUGUUCGUGGCUUUGGCGCCUUGUUCCUAGGAAUGAUUGCUGAUAAACUAAAGAAGAGAAGAAUUUUGUUUCUCAUUAGUUUGGCAGCAAAUGCAACGAUCCCUCUACUGUGCUUGAUUCCACGAGUUGAAUAUCCUGUAUGUGAUGUUGGCAUCACCGAAGAGCCUGUGACAGACCCACUUGGAAUGCCCUUAGAAGUCGCAACACCCGAUGGCCCUGCGAAAUCAUCAAGUGCACAAGUGCUAUACCGAAUAACAAAUAUAUCUCGUCCUGCCCCAAACGUCCAAAUUGCAUACUAUUCAAAAAUUGAGAAUGUAACUUAUAAUAUGUGGUCUGAGCCAAGAAGCCCUGUUCUGCUUCACCAUCUCGUACGGCGCUCCACUGCGAGGGAUUUGAUAUUGGACGGACAAUCAGAAAAGCUGGGAAUCUUUGAGUUUUAUAGCAGGACCUACGGUCGACGCUCGGAGAUCCUGAGUAAGAAAAAUUCAGUGACACCUCAGAAUGGCAACAGCAGCAACAAAAUAAGUGGCAGAGGAUCGAAAACCAACCAUCCUUACAAGAAAACUCCCCAAGAAAGCCAGGAUAUGUUAUUCACCAUAUUUAUGACAUUACUCAUUCUCCUUAUCAUUGGAGAGUUUCUGGGAGGGCCUCUGAGAAGUCUGGCGGAUUUGUCUGUACUUGAAGCCAUGGAUGGCGAUAAGGCUAACUAUGGAGAUGUUGCUUUAUGGAUGCAAGUUGGAAAGAUCUUUCUUGCCCCCAUGAUAUUGGUUUUGAUCCGCACUUACUCACUUCAUGUAUGCGACAAACUGAAAGACAAUUACGAAUAUUCUUUGUACCCGUUGGCUGCUUUUAUGGCAUUCUCUGCGGUGUUUGCAUUUUCGAUAAGGUUUAAAGCAGACGAAGAGGAUCCAAAAGAAAAGAUGAGAAAAGAAGAAUCUCAAGAAACCCUGUUUGAUGUGCUCUUUAAGUUCAAGACAUUUACGAUAUUGGUGCUGUCUUUCUUCGCCGGUGGACUAAGCGCUGUUCACUAUACUUUUAUCUUCUGGUAUCUCACAGACCUAAGUCCCAAAGAUUCAGCAAUGGUCAUCGCCGUAGUGAUUGUGCUCAGAGAUAUAGUGUCCUCUAUAGCCUACAAGUUUUCAGGCAAGACUUUAGGCCUGUUAGGUCCCACCAAUACCCUCCAUUUGGCCCUAUUGCUGUAUAUAAUCAGCUUCUUGUCGUAUGCAGUGAUGGAGAAUCCGUGGUUUGCUAUUUUACCCGAGGUUAUACAGUACAUUGUCUUUCCACUGGCCUAUUCAAGUUUUGUAGUGUAUUUGGGACAGAAUACUCCCGACCAUCUGAACGCCACAGUGCAAGGUGUCUAUCAGUGUCUAUACUAUGGAGUAGGAUUUGGCUGUGGUCCAAUUCUGGCAGGAAUUCUCUUCGACAACGUUGGCGGGGCUAAUACUUUCCUAGUAUUUUCGGGUAUAAGUUUUCUCCUGUUGGUAUUCUCUUUGAUACGUCAUUCUAUUGCGCGCCAUUUUGAUCAUAUGGAAGGCGAGAAGUACGAAAAAGUGCCUUGUGAAGAGGGCGAUGAAGAGGAGAUAGUAAAAAAUGAAUCAGAUUAUUAGAUUAUUAGAUUUUUAACACAUCCAAAAGAUAUUUAGACUGCGAUCAGUUCCUCUAUUUCCUUUGGUCACUGUUGGCAAAGCAGAAAACGCACGCGUGUCGUGUGCAGUUUUAAAGCGCGUGGGGGUUAGAAGAACUAGAGAGAACUGUUCGGAGAAGCACGAUGCGUAGCGGAGUACUUCUCAACACUUCUCAGUGUUCUGACAACCCCUAAGUGCUUAAUAGUUGUUGUCAUGAAGCACGCUCUCCCAUCUAAUCAGAAUGCAAGAUUUAUAACAGUUAUUUUAUAAUUUGUGUUUGCUUUGGUUCAUUUCAUUUUUAAAACGGCAAGAACUCUACAGUCUCUUUUCAAGGUUCAUAAGCUUAUGCUAAUAUAUUCCUGAGAUAUUAUCAGUGCAUUUCGGUAUGAUUGCUCUCGCUCGACGCCUAUUGUAUUUUAUUCAAAAUGCUUUUAUCAAAUAUUCAAAAUGCCUGCAGUUAGUACGUUCUAGGAGAAUACUUGCAGAAAAAAAUCUAAAAAUAGAAUAUUACGUCGCUAGAUAAGAUUCAUUCAUACUAUAUAGAGAUUUUCUCCAAAUCUAACAAAAUAAUUUAUUUAAAUCCUUGAUAUUUUGUUUGCCAUGAAUUGGGGAUCAAGCGUUUUUCUAGAUCACAUCUGAAUCGCACGCAAUUUUAUUUUUCCCAAUUUCCGUUUUUUCUCUAUUUUCUUGCGUUGAAAACUUUGAUUUUAAUAAAAUUUACAUUAGUACAAACUUCAAACCAAGAACAACAUUGUCAACGCGAUGAUUAAAAAAGUUCAGUUUGGUGAUCUCAAAUCUGUAUCAAAAUACCUUAAAAUGACCUUCAAAGUGGCCUGAAGAAUAGAGGAAAUGCUCGUAGCGUAAGAAAUAAUGAAUAAUAUUACUAAUGGGUGUCUUAUGUUAGCAAUAUUGGGCAAUAAACCUAUUUCAUAAUGAAGUCAACAAACAAUUGCAAAAGUGGGCACAAAGUUUAGCUGAAUAUCAACAUGUGACAAUUCCUGAUUUUAACUUGAGUGUCGUGUCAAAAACAAAAAAAUAUCGUCACAUGCAUCUGACGUCAUUUUGAAAUAGGUCAGUAUUGAUGUUCUUUUUACUUUUACACAUUUUGGUUUUGUGUGGGAAAAUAAAUCUGAAAAAUGGGAAACAAAUUAAAAUAAAGUAUAUGUAUAUAAAUAUAUGUAUGAGGGUAAGGCUUUCGGGGAUGGAUUUGUAAUUAAUUUAGGCUGCAGUAUUUUAUAGUCCCAGGUUUUUAGUGUUAGGAAGGACUGGUCGGCUGGACUGGUUUACCGAUUUAUUUCAAAUAGGGUUGUCCGAACGAUAGGGGAGAGUAGGUAGAUCAGGCCCAAAGUAGAUUGUGGGCCUACGUCACUACUUCGUAGUUAGAUUAAUAUUGACACACUUAGGCUCAGCCGAACCUGAUUGAAACAAUGUAUAACAAGGCGUUCUUCUAGAUAUUAGAUGUUAUUAUGUUCGG